AUACAUCGAGGCGGAAUUCCAAUACUGAAGCCAGCGCGAGACGUGAAGUGUACGCGCGGAAGCUUGUCCCGAGGCGUUGGAAUAAGCGUUUAAACACAGAGUUGAGGCCCAUCGACAGACAGGGAAUAUGGCGACACGGGACUUGACGCGUCAGUUCCUUCAGUUGCGUGCGGAUGAGAAGGCUAAAGUGCUGCGACGCAAGAAUAUCGUGAGCCACCGCGAAGAGGGCAAUGCACUCAUAAAGAGCGCGGACCAGGAAGCCACCAGUGUCGCUAUCGCUCCCGGUUGGGUGGACGUUGUGAACGGCACCAAUCAGCACGUGGCGCGUAUUAAGGAGAUGAGUACGUGGCAGAAGAUGGCGAAACCGGAGCAGAAUGGAGGGGGGCUGAUGUAUUAUAUUUGUUAUUGAUACUGCAGUGGAGAAGCUCAAUAAACUGCAUACGAGCCGCUUGAUGGUGCGCUUCGACGGUCAAGAGUCCAAAUAUGAGCGGGAGAUCGACCAGUUGACGCAGGACAUUACGGACGAGUUCCGCAGUGCUGAGAAGGGGCUGCGGCGUAUGGCACAAAGUGAUCGGAAUGGGGAGUUCUCCGCCGCUGACGCGAAGACCAGACAGAAUGUGCAGAGAGCAUUGGCGACGCAGCUCCAGACAUUAUCAGGCGACUUCCGAAAGUCACAGAAGACUUAUCUUGCACGUGUAAAGAACCAGAAAGAGGGCCCCGUCGAGUUCGACUUCCUAGCAGAAAAUGACGCCAAGCAGAAACGGCGUGGUGGAGCUGACACGGGAUUCACACAGGCUCAGAUCACGGAGGUGGAGAUCGCUGAGGACGUCAUCAAUGAGCGUGACCAGGAGAUCCAACGUAUCGCCACGUCCAUCACGGAGUUGGCCACAAUAUUUAAGGAACUAGCCGUGCUCGUGAUCGACCAGGGCACGAUCUUGGACCGCAUCGACUACAACAUGGAGCAGGUGGUGGAGCAGACGGAGAAGGGUAUCGAGGAACUGGAAAAGGCUGAGGAAACGCAGAAGAACAGUCGUCCCAUGAAGUGCAUCGGGCUGCUGCUCGUCAUGAUCUUCGUCAUGACAGUGUUGCUUGUACUCAAACACUCGUAGAAGACACCUAGUCCACUCCCUCUAAAAAUCAAUCUCAACCACAAUAUUGUCUUUCAAUAUUACGU